AUGGCCUGUCUGCUAGCCCGUAGCGAUGCCUUUGUAGCAGUGUCGGAAUCCAGCAAAACAUUGCCGUCUGACGACACUCCGUUGGCAUUGACCACCCAUCUGCUUGGCGUAGCCCAUGUCCCUCCGACUCGUCACCUACGAGAGAAGGUACCCCCGGACACUGAGGACAAGAAUCCAGAGGCUAGUAAGCCGGAAUCCGAUUCUGACGAUAGCUCUGACGCCCAUGGUUCCAGUGGUCAUGAUGACAUCAGUGAAAGUGGCAGUGGCGACAGCAGUGACAGCAGUGGAAGCCGCCAUAAAAGCGGCAGUCGCGGCAGCAGCAGAGAGAAGAAGAAACCCAAGAUCUGGAACUUUUCUAACAAGUGGCAGGACCAAGAUGGCAUCCAGCUGUCAGUGUACCAGUAA